AAAGGUACAUUGAUCUGACCCAGUUGAAGAACCAUUUCUUCACAUGAUGGAAUCCUGGCAUGACCACAAUGCCCAUCACUCCAGAGAAUGCGAUGCUUUUUCUUCCCAUCCUUUAUCGAUGGUUGCAGAGCCAUCUGAGACAGGAAGCUGAGGAACAUGAACACAGCCUUUGUCAUUCAGCCAUUAAGAAGCUGAGAGAGUACAUCCAGUUGAAUUUCCCAGUGGAAGAGGACAAGCUACACUACAUGGCCACUAGUCCUGUGGACAUGGAAAUCUGUACAGUUUACUUAACCAAGGAUCCAGGAAAGACGGAGCCUUUAGGCCUAAGUUUUGGCAAUAUCCCUGCUUUGGGGGAUUAUGGUGAAAAGCGAAGAAUGGGGAGAAGAAAGAAAGGACAUAAAGGUCCAGUGCUUGAUGUUGGAAGCAUUUGGGUCACUGAUUUAAAGAAAAACAGCCCAGCAGGGAAAUGUGGAAAAGUACGCUUGCGGGAUGAGAUCCUUUCACUGAAUGGCCAACUAAUGGUUGGAGUGGAUAUUGGUGGUGCAAGCUACCUGGCUGAUCAGUGCUGGAAUGGCGGCUUCAUCUACUUGAUCAUGUUGCGCCGGAUCAAGCGCAAGGCCCCACUUCCUCCGUCAAAUGGCAACAAUAGCAAGAGCACCGAACCCAGAGCCAGACCUACCUCUGAGCCCAGUGGGAAAACCACUCAAAAUGGCAAAAGGACGAGAAAAUUUGGGGUCAUUACCAGGACUGUCCCUGGUGGUAAGGGCAGCAAGAACACCUCCAGAACAGAUCAUGAGAAUGGACAUUGCACUCUUCUGGAAAUGGAUGGGUUGCACCCAGAGGCAUCCAAAACAGAGAAUCGAACAGAAGACCAGCUUCUGACCACAGACUAUCCUAUUCCAGGAGAGCAGUACCGUUCCCGCCUUUCAUAUGGAGGGAUUCUGGACCUAAACUCCAGUGAAGUAUCCUUACAGAGAGAAGGCUGUCGGAUAUGGAAGAUGACCAUGGUGAAGGGAACAGACGGGCUGGGAAUCCAGAUCACUGGAGGCCGUGGAUCGAAGCGUUCUCCUCAUGCCAUCAUAAUCGCCCGGGUGGAAGAAGGUGGAUCAGCUCACAGAGAUGGCAGGUUGAAGGUAGGCGAUGAGCUUCUAAUGAUCAAUGGCCAGUCCUUGGUUGGUCUGUCCCAUCAAGAUGCUGUUGCUUUACUGCGAUCAGCUGAAGGCCUUGUGUACCUGGUAGUGGCAAGCAGGGAAGGAGCAGAAGAAGAUGUUCUUCAUUAUCCAUCUACAAGUUUGCCAGACUUAAUUAGCACUUGUUCUGCUCAGGAUACAGCCCCCUGGAUUGACAAUAAGGAGAACGAAGCACCGGAAGAGGAGGCUGUCAAAGGAAAGACCCCAGAGUCAGGAGUCCUGGAGCCUCUGACACAUACAACUGAUACAGACAGGUCCUCAGAUCCUACAGGUGAGGAGAUCUCCAAAGAGAACUGUCAGAGCCCAACUCUUGGAGGUGGCAUUCUGAAGUACAGGAGCCGAUCUCAAGGGGCAGCAACUCGUUUAGAAUCUGUGGGAGAAGAUGAUGAGUUGACAGUAGAAAAUGGAGAUGUGAAUUAUGAAAUACCAAUGAAAUAUUCCCGGGGAGGCAGAAAACAUUCCUUACCACAGCAUUUGGACACAGGAACCAGACAGGAAUAUCACAUUGUUAAGAAAUCCACUCGUUCACUGAGUGCAGCUCAGGUUGAAUACCCCUGGCGACUUACACAGCCAUCUAUUAUUUCCAACAUUGUUCUGAUGAAGGGGCAGGGCAAGGGUCUUGGAUUCAGCAUUGUGGGGGGACAAGAUUCUGCCCGGGGUCGUAUGGGCAUUUUUGUAAAGACAAUAUUUCCAAAUGGGGCUGCGGCUGCCGAUGGCAGGUUGAAAGAAGGAGACGAACUUCUAGAAGUUAAUGGAGAAUCAUUACAAGGGUUGACCCAUCAGGAGGCUAUUCAAACAUUCAAGCAACUCAAGAAAGGUGUGGUGACUCUCACAGUACGAACCAGACUUCGCAGUCCAAGCCUUACACCAUGCCCGACUCCCACAUUACUGAGCCGAUCCAGUUCCCCAAGCUCCAAUGCCAGUGGAGGAGCUUCACUCCCCAACAGUGAAGAUGGAGAUAUUUCCUCCUCUAGUCGUAAAGGACCUGGGCCAAAAGACAGAAUCGUCAUGGAAGUGACUCUAAAUAAAGAACCUGGGGUUGGCCUGGGCAUUGGUGCUUGCUGCCUCACCUUGGAGAACAGCCUUCCAGGUAUAUAUAUUCACAGCUUGGCUCCAGGAUCCGUUGCUAAGAUGGAUGGAAGGUUAAGCCGUGGUGAUCAGAUCCUGGAAGCAGAUUCAGUCAGCUUGCGUCAUGCAGCGCUGAGUGAAGCUUAUGCCAUCUUGAGUGAAUGUGGUCCAGGCCCGGUUAGCCUUAUUGUUAGCCGUCAUCCUAACCCUAAGGUUUCUGAACAGGAGAUGGAUGAAGCCAUUACACGAACCACCCACAGAGAAAACAGGGAUGUCUCUUCUCCUCAAGCCUCAGCUACCAAAGAAUCCAGUCUGUGCAGUUCACCAGGUCCCCUCAGCAAGCCAAGGGAGACAGUUGCUCGGCACGUUAGUUUCAGUGACAGCCCCAAAGGGGCCCAGGCUGCCUUCCAGAGGCAGAGAAGGAUUGCUUUUUAUGAUGGAGAUGCAAGUGAUGAGGAUGACUUUGCCAAACAAGAUGGAGUUUGCUUCCAAAGAGGACCGAGGUCCAAAGGUCAAAGGAAGGGAGACGACGACUGUGAUGUUUCCAUUGCAGCUCCUUCAGUGCAAAAUGGAGAUACCAGCCAGGAGAGAGAAUCUGCAACAAAUACCUACAGUGACUCAGCCGCCAGCAGCUUUAGGAAUCUGGCAGAGGGCACUGGGGAGCAUACGCCAGACACCCCUUUAGUUCCAGCUAAAGCAUUUGAUUAUUCAAAUGCUCCAGAGCAUCAUCCAGGCUACUUGAAUGUGAAGGACUUUCGAGAGGAACAGCUAGAAUCUAAGAGGUCCCCUAAACUGGAACAUAAAGCAGUCACUCGAGUGAAAAGCCUGAUGAGUAUUGAGUACCACGGAGUCCCAAGGCUCAAGAAUGAGGAGCAUGGUGCCUGCAGCAGAGCCAGUGGGAAGGUUCUUCCACCCAUCCAGAAGAGUGAAGCUCAGGAGAGUCCACUGGAGCAGAGCCGUGUGGAAUCAAUUACUUUAUCUCGGAAUGAAAAGGAGUCAUUUGGCCUGGAUCUUGAAAUUCAUGCCAGCCCUUUGCACAUCAUGGUAACAGGCUUGCAACCAGAGGCAGUUGAGGCAGUUCAGAAAGAUCCAAGCAAUGUCGUUAUGACUGAAGAAGAAAAUAGCUUUGCAUAUGAGAAAGAAUUUUUGCACCAGGAUCCUCUGGAUUAUAUGGCAGAAAAGACAGGAUUGCUAUCUGAUGCUAAUACUAAGGAGAUUCCGGCAGAUCCCUCAGAAAUUCACUCUGUUCUGGAUGGUGCUGUGGUGCCAUUAGAAGAGACUGUUCACUUCCCUAGCAAGAGGAGUUCCCCACAAGAAAAAGGUGGUAACUCUUUAUUAAUCAAGGACAGACAAACCAAGGAAAAUACUUUUGUGAUGGCAGAAGAAGCUCAGCCUAAUUCUAUAGCAAAUAUAAUUAAAAAUGACCUUGCAGAAAGAGCUGCACAUUCAGUAACUAAUACACAAGAAACCUUGGGUUUUUCUGUCCUGGAUUCCAUUAAUGCAAGCAAAAUUUUAACUGUAAAGCAAAGUCGUUUGAGUAACUAUUCCAGGAAUUUUAGCAGCUUUAGUGAUGACCAUUUGCCUGAAAUUGAAACUAAAAGCAACACUAUUCCAGUAUCUAUGUAUGCUGCUGCAGAGGAUUCCAGUUCGGACACAGAAUCCAUAGCCGAGACUCCUGGACUUUCAGACAGUCCAUCACUUUUAUUAUCUGGUUGUGACAAUCCCUUGGAAACCCACAACAUAGUUGAAUCAGAUGAGGAGCAAAUAGAAAUUUGCAGUCUGAAUUAUGACCAACAUUGUCUUCAAAACCAGCUGGUCACAUCUCCCAUAAAAUCACCUCAUCAUUCACCAACUUACCAUUCUUUGAACAACUGUUUGCAGGCAGAAAGCAAAACAGAAAUAGAUUCACUGGAAACAUCCAGUGGAAAUUUUUCAUCAGAAGAAUCACACUUAUCGAAAAACUCCAGUGCAGAGCAUAUGGUUCCAUCAACAACUUUUCAAUCUUCUCCAGAUGUUUCUUCACAACGGGAAGACAGUUUGGAUCAAGACAAGCCAGUCUGCUCUUCCACUGAGAAUGGUUCUUCAAGGAGUGGAGAAGGGAAGAGCCUGGAAAACCAAGAAAAUCUAAUGGAAACAUGUAAAGUGUCUAGACAUCAUGCCCCAGAAAUACAGUCCCGUCUGACAGAAAAUAUCAGUAGCUGGGAUGGCAAUGAGCUAGGCCAAGAUGAACAGAAAAAAACCCAACAGUUGCAAGUGGAAAACGAUUUAGUAAUGGAUUAUGGAAGUCAUGUGAUUGAUAGACAUUCUGCUUUGACAGGGAAGGUAAUCAGUGAUUCAUCCCAGUUAAGUAAAACAGACAGCUAUGCUAUGAAGUGUACAAUACAAAAAAUAGUAAACAGUCCCAAAUCUCCCCUUUUGACCAAACCAAAACAUUUGGGCAAGGUCUCUUGUGCUCAAAAUUUACCAGGAAAAAAUGAAAAAGCAAACACUGUUCUUAUUGCAAAACCCUCAAAUACAAAAACUCUGAAUUCUGGUCAAUGCAAGGGCCUUAGUAUUCCAUACAGUCCCUCUUCUUCCCCCAAAUUACAUCAUGAAACUAAAGGCACUCCACAAAAGAGUAUUGUAGAAACGCUUUCAAAUAAUCAACAACACAAAGCAGGGCCUAAAUUAAAGGGUCUUAGUAUUAAAAGUAAAUCCAAGGCUCAUUCUGAUGUUCUUAGCACUGCUCCUGCAAAAGCUGAGGGCACCGAUCAAGAAAAGAUAGCCUUCCCUGCCCAGUUUUCACCCAGGGUCCUCUCAAAGAAAGGUUCCUCACUCCAUAACUUAGCCACACACCUGGAACCACCCAGCAGGAGCCUCUCUGUGGGUUCUAAGAUAUUUCAGCAGCAGGAGGAAGAUCCAUCCUCUUUACUGGGGCCUCAGACAUCCACUUUGCCUGUGUUGAAUGGUGACAGCAGCAUUGUGAAAAAUAAAGAUAAAUCCAUGGUCAGAUCAAAAUUUGGCAGUGUUGGAAUAGCAGGGUCUCCUAAAGUAGAAAAAGAAGCACCGGACACCAAGUGGGAGGUUAUGAACAGUGAAAAAAGGAGGCGGGCUGGCACGGAUAAUUAUCCAGCAAGAGACAGCCCUUCUCAGUCAAAUAUACCUUCUGAAGUCCCACCCAAGACUUGCUGUCUGAAUGACAGAACCGAAAACUGUGGGAUGAGUAUGAGUUUGAAUCACGUUGAAUUGGAAAUGAAGCCAUUAAAAUCUGACAAUGCAGGGCUUUUUAAAAAAGAGUUGUCUUGCCUUAUUUAUCCCCCUGCUCAGGAAGAGCAGCCUGGUCAGGAAAUUCAGCGCACUUUCAUUGAAGUAAGGCUAUCUUCCUCCUCCUCCUCUUCCUCCUCAUUAAUUCCUGACUUGUCCCUGGAGAGGAAGGAAUGUGACAAUAAGAUCAAUCAACUAAAAAGCAAGGCACUGGAUUGUCGGCAGAGUGCUUCUGAGAAAGAAGAAGUCCUCCGUACAUUAAAACCUGUGACAAGGACCUAUUCAAUGCCAGCACAAUUAUCCAAUCAUUUAAGGGAAGAGAGCAGUGUUAGGGAUCAACCAGCACAUCAUGUCCAGGAUAUCCUAGGUAAUGUUUCAAGUGCAAACCCUUCUCAUUCAGAGUUAGGCAUGUUGAAGAUUGUCCACCUCAGUCUGCUGAACAGCCAGAGCAAUCAGGAUGCAAAAGCAAUGUCUGCAAGCAUCCUGAAAUCAAACAGCCCAGCAUUGCCUUUAUCCAAUGACAAUGGCAGUCGCGCUGCAGAAAAACUAAAAACGUGCAGAAGGAAUUACUACUACUAUGAACUCAAUUGGCCACAUGAUCCCAUUUCUUCUUUUUCUGUAAAGCAGAGAAUAAAAUCAUUUGAGAACCUGGCUAAUUUUGAUAGACCUAUGGUCAAAGCCAUAGACCUCCAUUCCACCUCUCUGAGCUCGAAACUGCCCAUUGGCCGAAGAUUGUCCGGCGGCAUUUCUGCAGUUUCAGCUACCAGUGUAAACGAUGCGGUCCAGGCACUGAGACGGAGCCUGAGUUCAUACUGCGGAAGUGAAGUCCCAUCAUCCCCAAGGGUGACCAGAUCUUCAACCAGCUCAACAUUAACAAACGUGCAACAGAAUUUCCCCAAGAAUAGCAAAGAUGAUGCUCACUUGGAGAAGAGUGAAAGACGUGCUCUGGAAGAACCAGUUAGUUUACCACCAUCUACCACCAAUGUCCGAAGAAGCAGAGCCUCAGGUGGGCAUAUUAGACACAUGCCCUUAUCUCGUUCCAAACUCCGGGAGCUGAGAGCUCUCAGCAUGCCAGAUCUUGAUAAGCUCUGCAGCGAGGACUUCUCUAUGGAGUCUCAACCUUCCCAUAUCAAAACUGAGCUGGAUGUUCCACCUGCUAUGAAAUGCCUUGAUGCUCCCAUUGAAAAUGUUUCCAGGCUGAAUGAAUGCUCAGGACUAUCCAGUCUUGGGAUGACAAGCAGGCAACAUUCAAAAGAAACCAGUCCUUGGAACAGUGGCUCUGGAACUCCUGGAUCAACAUCUGAUGAGGAAGGACUACAGUAUGAUGGCAGUCUGAAUAAGAUGAACUCAGGAAAAAGCUGGUCAAUCAGCUUGGAUGAGCUCUUGGUUUCCACCCUGGAUCAGCAGAAAUUGCAGUCUGUUUUGUCUUCGGUGACAACAAAAAGCGAUGUUUCUUCUUUACUUCAGGAAAUCAAAGCACAAGCAGAGAGCAAAGAAGAUGUUUACUUUGUAGUCUUGAAUAAAGAGGAAGGUUCUGGCCUGGGAUUUAGCGUCGCUGGAGGAAUAGACCUGGAACAAAAAUCAAUCAUCGUCCAUCGGGUGUUUUCAAAAGGGGUGGCCUCCCAGGAGGGGAAAAUUCACCGUGGUGACCUCAUUCUUUCAAUCAAUGGCACUUGUUUGGCGGGUUCUGUCCAUGGGGAUGUACUCAACGCACUCCACCAGGCCAGGCUUCAUAGAUAUGCCAUCGUAGUCAUCAAGAAGGAGAGAAGCAGCGAAAAGAUGCCUCCUUCCAGCUCUGAAAUGCCUACUCCUGAUAGGCCAACCUUGUUUUCUGAAAAUUUUCUCCCCAAAGGUCCAAGUGGAGAGUUGAAUGGUGCCAUUUCUGUUGAACUUUUGAAGACUUCUGCUGGCUUGGGUUUCAGCCUGGAUGGAGGAAAAGCUUCAGUAUCUGGAGACAGACCUUUGUUUAUCAAAAGAAUUUUUAAAGGUGGUGCUGCUGAACAAGCUGGAAAACUGGAAGCUGGUGAUGAAAUUCUUGCCAUUGGAGGAAAAUCCCUGCUUGGGCUGAUGCACUACGAUGCAUGGAACAUCAUCAAGUCUGUCCCAGAGGGGCCCAUCCACUUGCUGAUCAGGAAGCAUCAGCCACCAGAAUGACGGAUCCAAACCAGUUUCACUUACCUUUUGAGCACAACCUUACCAGUUUUGUUUGCCAGCACCAUUCCAUACAUUGCAGGAGCUGGAAUGGUGGCUUCUGGGAUGUUAUUCUACUCGGUCAGAAUUGUUUAAUCAGUCGAGAAGCAUCAAGAUACCUACGCAGGACUGGUGUCAAGCAUCGUCAUGGUCAGGCAGCUGCCUAGCGCCCAGACCUCAUUAGAGGGCAUAUGGGCAUAGUUUGGUUCCCUUAAUUGCAGCCAACUUGUUCACUGAGAAGAGAGCAGCAGCAGCAGCUAAUAAAAACUGAGAUAUCUUCAAGAGAUCCCCUAAAUCCUGGAGCUGACCUAAGCGAGGAACCAAUUCAGUGUGUUCUUUUCUUGCAAAUGGCAUCCUUCUUCCUACCCCUAGGUGCCAUAAUUUCCCCACAGAUUUCUAUCCAUCCAAAUCUCAUUUCUCCCUUCUUGCUGAUUUCUCAGUCAAUCUUUAUCACAGAAAUGCUGUGUGUUUAUGCUCUGCUGUCUCUUUUCAAUGCAUCCAGGGGCUGGGGGAACGUAGGAUAUGAAAAGACUGUGAAGGAGCGGGUGCAAAGUGCACCUGCCAUGUAGUCUGAGCAGCUGAUACCAAACUCACAGAUCCAGAGCAAUAGGGAAAAAAAUCCCUGCAUUUUAUAAAUUAAUGAAUGACUGUCUGUGUGCUUUGCUUUUUAAUGCCAAAGAUGGCACAAUAAAGUGUUUUGCAUUGGUUGUAUGGAGAACUCAGUAGCAUAGAGGGGAAAAAAGAAGACUACAACUGGUUUUCUUCUUAGUAUAAUCCAAGGAGUUUCAGUAUCUUCCUUUCCAUCACAUGGAAUAGUUGUUCCCAACAUUUUUAGCUCUCUGAAUGUGAAACUCCCAGAUUAAGCUCUGGGCAUCUCUAGUUCAAUGGUCUUGGAUGUCAGAACCUGCAGAACUGGAAAAGGAUUCUGCCAAAGAUCCAGAAGAGCUGCUGCCAACUAGAACAACCAUUGCUUAGCUUAGAAGGACCAGUGGCCUGAUUUGGUGAAAGACAGCUUCAGAUGUUGAUAUGGAAGUCCCUGGGCCCACAAAGGACACCUCAGGUUUAGCCAUGAACUCAUUCUCAUGGUCCUUACUAAACUCUUAGCGCUCAAAGAGAAGUAUCUGCCGUCACUUUUGUAACUGAUAACUAUUUAUUGGGAAAUGUACUAUGUAUUAGGAAACUUGAGUGUCUUUUAAAAAGUCUGAAUGUUUUGAAUGUGUCUGUCUGAUAUUUUUACACUUUGCAACUCAAACUGGGUGAUGAAAUGUGUCUAAUGUGGAUGACUUCAAGGGCUUUCUAGAUAUACCAUGUAGUUUUGACUUCAGCUGCUUUGUGGGUCCAGCAUGCUUUUAGUUUUUAAAAAUGAGAAUGUCUGGAAAAAUAUAUGUUUUCUAUUGUGGAGAUGAGAAUUUUUUGAGGAGUUGGGGAAUGAAAAUGUUUCAGCUAUCAACAUUAAAUCACCGAACUUGGAUAUGACACCAUAUGCACAUUGGAGAAGUAGAUACAGGGAGAAAAUAUAGUUACAAAUAAUUAGUGUUUCUCCAGGACAGUUUAGUAGGGAUAUAAUGUUCAGAGUUUAUAAUCUAAAAUCACAGUUUGUGGCCUCUAGAAUUUAAAUUUGAAGAAUGUUAGAAGAAUGGAACUUAUAUUGUCUUCCUAAUGUCAAGGGAAGUUUACUUUAUUAAAAUGAGGCAGUAAACCAAGAUCACAUUUUAAAAGAUACAUACUUUUCAUUUGCCUAAAAUUGCAUUCAGUGCUUUUGAGAUGAAAUGGAAGGAGCAGGUGGCAAAGACAGUUUCAGCCAUGAAGAUACAGAUUUCUUUGAGUUGUGCUCAAUUCCUGGUAACUACAUGGAUGUACCCACAUUUUUUUGGCAAUGGUAUGAAGUGAUUUGCCAUUGCCCUCUUCAUUAUUAUGUGUAAUAAAUACAUUACUUCCUAGUAAAACCUACAGCCUUGGUAUUUCCUGUUUACCAUCCAAGUACUAACCAGGUGUGGCCCACUUACCAUUUUUGAGGUCAGCUAAGGUUGGCUAGGUGUCUGUUGCUGCGGAGAGAGUAAAAUUUCCUUUGAGCUCAGCUCAGCUCCUGAUUCCUACUUGGUCACAUCCAUAUCGUUUUCUUGACAAUUGUAUGAAAUGGUUUACCACUGCCUUCUUCAAGGAAGCUUCUUUCUUUUGCCCCUUGGCUUUUCAUUCUAGUCUACAGCCUGGAUUUCCUUGUUGUUCCUCAUCUAAGAGAUAACCAGGUCUGAUCUGCACAGCUUUUUCAAGGACAGCCAGGAGCUGCUACCUGCUGUGGCUUUUGAAACAAGGAGAAAACAAACUACAGGACCAAGCCUGAAAAUGUGGAUUUUCUGGAUUUCAGUUCUACAUGGCCAUAACUCCCAAUAUUCUAUUCUAAAAUGUUGGUUUUAGUAGUUUUUUGUGCAUCUGUGGUAGCAGUUUCUUAAAUAGGCUGUUAAGGAUUUGGUGUGAUUGCGCAUGCUCCCUCAAGAUUGUGGAAAUGUGUAUGUAGUUCACAGUCUCAAAAUGAACAGGAAAUUACUGUCAUGUACACACUUUACCACAGUGUCACAUGCACUAAUUCUGAGUAUUUCACACAUAGUCAAAGCACAUGCCUGAAAAAUCAUUUUACUGGGUAAAUUAUUUUAGGCAGAGAGCUCAUCGUAAGGGAGGCUGGCCUGGUUUUGUUUUGUCACAUUUUUCAAUAAACCAGGAUGAUUGGAAGGGGGCAGCAUGUAUCAGCACAAAGCGGUAUGAUAAUCCUAAAUAAAUGAAUGGGGGAAUUAGUUUUCAAGGAACUGAUAAAGACUGGAAAUUAAUUAAACAUACAUCUUGUUCCUGUUGCCUUAAAUUCCUGUGUCAGUAUCAGGGACAUACCCACAAUUCCAGAUUUUGAAAACCAAAUUAAAUUUAUAUUUAUGAUGAACCCAUCUACAGCAAGCCAUUCCAUCCUUGUUGUGAGUGGAUUUAUUUUAUAUAUUUGUUUGAAUCCAUGUAUCCACAGGGAGGGGUUAAAAAAAAGUCAAGAUGGCAGCUGUAACCAAUUUGAUUCAAGCCCAAUCCUGUGUUUAUGUGCAUCAUGAUACAAAAAGAGGCGGGGCUUUGAUUGUGCAAUCAUGGUCUCCUUCAUGACUUUCUGGAAACCCCCCUGCAGAUGCCCCCAAUCCAUAUGUGCAGUUACAAGAAGUGCUUUCAGAAAAAAUAAAUGCAUCUAAUGGAGAUCUUUGAAUCUGACUAAUUGUUUGCAAUCCACUUUACUGCUGUUAUUGGUAUACAGGUAGUCCUCACUUAACAACCAUUUGUUUAGUGAUGGUUCAGACUUACAACAGUGCUGAAAAAACAGACU